CUGCAAGCUUUACGAGAGUCCCCUCUCUGUGUGCUGGAACCACUAACGCGCAAGGCCACCAACACCAAUUGCGAGUAAUCGAGGGUAGCGCGCGCGCUUGUGUGUGCGUACUGUGUUCCCCGGAUCCAGCUUUGAAUGUACGCAUCAUCAGCACCUUGUCCGCACGCGAAAAAGGUGUUAACGAACGCAGCAACAACGCGUCAGCAGAAGCAGUUGAAGGACAUUGUCAGCAACAGCACGGAACGUAUCGUGUCCUACCCCGCCACUCAGUGACCCACCCCAAACCUCCCUGCAAACGAGCGAACAUGAGGAUAGAGGUAAAUUCGGCCGCGGACUUCCUGAUGAACCUGCUCCGGGUACGGAAGGCGAACCAGUUGUCGGAAAACCAGCUGCAGCAUUUCAAGGGUUCGCUGGAACAGAUCCUGACACGUCACUUCCAGUGCCACUGGUAUCCCGAUGUGCCGACGAAAGGGUCCGGCUUUCGGUGUCUUCGGAUCAACGGGAAGAUGGAUCCGAUUAUUGAGAAGGCGGGCCAUGCUGUUGGGCUGAAUACGGUCGUGCUGCGGAAGUUGCUACCCCUGGAGCUAACGAUCUGGAUCGAUCCCGACGAGGUGUCCUACCGGAUCGGGGAGAACGGUACGAUCUGUGUGCUGUACGAUACGGCCCAGAGUCGCGCGAGUCCAUCGUCCGAUUUGGACUCGACCGGAAGCAGCAGCGGCAUUGCGUGUGACGAGUUCAUCAUGGAGCGGGUCGGUCGGCUCGAUCUGUCCGUGUCGUCCGUGGACAGUGGCAAUGGUAGUGCCGGCGCCAUGAUGGUCGACUACCUGGAGCACACUACCGGAAGCGGUGGCAAACCGCACCAGGGUCAGCAGCAGCACCAUAACAACAAGUACAAUCACAACCAAUCGAACAACAGCCACAACCAUCAUCAUUAUGCGAAGCAGCGCCACAGCAACAGCAUGUCGUCGUCGUCUAGCGGACAGACUAGUCCACCGCUCAGCCCACCGUACGGUGCCGCCGGCUUCCUAAACCAUCAGCAGCAGCAAAAUCUGGCCAGAUAUCAGGCCGCCCAGCAGCAUGCUCACGGACCGCAGCAGCACAGCAACAACUUCUAUCCGUCGGCCGGCGCGAACGUCCACCAGCCCCAGCAGUACUUCCCCUGGGACAACCAGUUCGUCAACAACAAAGUGCGCACCCAAUGUUAAAGUCGACCAGAAAACUCCGUGUGCGUGUGUGUCGCCAUGUUAGCACCUGGCAUCACCGCCACGCCGCGCCCCGAAGGAUCUCUCCCUUAAUCAGCAGCAGCUGGUGUCUCCUUAAAGCAACGAGCAAACGAGAAGAAAGUCCCCCUUAUUCCCGGUUCUCAAAGAGUACAAGUACAAGAAGAUGUGUGUGCGCGUGUUUUUGUUUUUAACGGUUGGAAGCUUAAUAAGCCGCAACGAAGGAAGCUUAAUAAGGAGCUUAUCAAGCAACGGAAGAAAAUCGAGCGCGCAGUAAGAAGCGUGCGUUGGUGACGAUCCCUGGCCGUUUUUCUUCAGUGUAAUGUGAUGUUUUUUUUUUGUUCUGUGCUUAUGAUUGUGCUCGGAAAAUGGAAUGCAGCAGCAAAAGGAUAGUAAUAGGAAAAGUGUGUCCCCAAAACACCAUUUGUGUACAAAGCAACAAAAAGUCAAACGGAAAGCGGAGUGUGUGAGUGUGUGCGAGAUCAAGAGUUCCAACACCGAGAAAGUUCCAGCGCAUUCUCUUGGUUUUCUACAAGCAAAAUGCUCUAAUUCCACUAACGACCAGUACGUCAUUUUUCGCCACCUUGCCUGGAAAAUGACGUCGAAGUCCGUUUUUUAAUUGCCAUCAAGAAAUCGUGUAAAUGUGUAAGAUCAACGUAUAUGUGUAGUCGCGGCUGUGUGUAUGCGUAUUGCGUGUGUGCCGAUCGUUGCGUGCGCACUUGCUCUUCUCGGAGCGGAUCGGAUCGGAUCGGAUCGGAUCCGGAUGUUGUGAUUGACGCGCUCCGGGAAACUGAUCCGGAAUGAAAAUAGAGCAGAGAGUUCCUACAUUGAUAUUUGUUUGUAAGACGGCGAAGCAGAGAUUGUGAAGAGGCAGGCGCGCGUUGUGGUGGAUAAAGUGUACUUUGUCGAAUAGCGGUAGUAACGACACACAAGUCACGCUGAAAUACAGUGCAAAAAUCUCCCACCCAAUCCUCUAUAUAGGCUAUGUGAAAAACGAAAACGAAAACAAAAAGAAAAAUCCCGGAAAUCGCAGGAUGCGGGUGACACAACUGUCAACCGCGUGUCAUGUGUAGUGCAUCCUUGCGGAGAACGACGAUGACAGCUGGGUUCUCUGGUGCGUGCCCUUACCCCGUUACGUACCAGAAGGAAGAAGCACGAGAAGAAGAAGGCUGUGGCUACUGCGAAAGGAAGCGGAGACACAGUUAAAAGCAACAGAAGGAAACGGAUGAUCUUCAGCAAAAAACCUCUAACGGCGCGACGACGACGUGUCUCGUUUGAUAUCCGCGCACGUGUGAUUAACCUCCUUAUUUACACCCUACCCCCUGUACCCCAUCACAAAGAGACAUCAACACCGCACAAGCUGCUGCGGGUUGAAUGGAGAGAGAGAACGAGGAGUUGGCGUUAGUUUAAGAUGUAACACAUGAUGCUGACACCACAGCAACACAACACGUGAAGGAGCGAUACAGACACCUUGUAGGUGUAGCGCGACGCAUUUCAAUUGUGAUCAAUAUUAAUUUCAAACACACACACACACAAAACGUCUUUAUUAUACCAGUAGUAAGAAGCAGCAGAAGGGUAAUUGCGCGAAAGAGCGAAAAAGGAAAAACCGAGUCAAGAAAGUACGUGCAAAAAAUGAUGUUUUUUUUGCAGCUUCAAACACAAACUGUGGUGAUGAGCGGUUUGGAGUAAACAAAAAAAAACAAAAUGGUACGAUAAUUGUAUGAAGGGCAAACAGUAGUACAAGCAAGUAAAACAUAAUACAGAGAGAGAGAGAAAGAGAAAGAAGAAAUGAAAAACAAAAAAAGAAAAGAGAAAAAAAGCAAGAAACGUAAAGUAACGACACCCCCCCCAACAUUACAUGCGUGUGUGAUUCGCUCGUGACUGUGCAUGAAAGCUAGCAAAGUAAGCGUUGAAAUUAAGCAAAAGUCAUAUUAACGAAUGGAUUGCGAAGGAGUGAAGCUGGGAAAAGAUACGCAACUGUCGAUGAUGGACUGUAUCCGUAUGUGUGCGUGCGCGUAUGUGUGCACGGAGAAGAAGAAGAAGAAGAAAACCAAUUCUCACGCUCAGUAAAGCAAGAAAGAAGUAUAGGAAUAGUUUGUAAAGGAAAGCGGGAGAGAAAAUCAAUACUACUUGUGUUUUUUUGCGAGAUACUUUAUUUUGUCUACGGUAAUAUGUGUAUUUUUUAUAAUAUACAUUUGUGUUUAAAUUAAAAACCAACCUCCCACCACCACAACCCCCAUCCCCCCACAAAACUCACCAACCAGUCCAAACAAAUUAAUUUAGUUUUGAAGUGAUGAGCGUGUGUGUAAUGUUGUGUAUAGAGGGAAAAAAAAAACAAAACAAAAUGAUGCCAGAUUUCUGUUCUGUAUUACACUUUUUAUUGUCCGGUGUGCAUUUUUCCUUUCCGUCGUUUCUGCC